UAGAAGCAGGAGUUCCCUCCCCACCGGGUACAUAUUCCUCACUUGUGGCUGUUGACCAUGAGCUAAGCGCAAAUCUCAGCCAGUUCCUCACCAACAACAGAAUUACUGAUUAUUCGUCUUGAAGUCAGAUCAACGUACCAUCAUGGCCAGAUUUAUUCGCCAGUUAUGCGUGUUGUUUUGGAAAAAUUGCCUCUGCCGUUUAAGACAGCCGGUACUGACCCUGUCGGAAAUUAUCUGGCCGUGUUUAUUGUUUCUUAUCCUGGUCGGAGUGAGAGUCCAACACCUUCCUCGCCAACGUGAAAACUGUUUUUUGCAGCCUCGUACUUUGCCCAGUGGAGGACUUUUUCCUUUCGUUCAGAGCCUUUUUUGUGAUAUUGACUCUCAGUGUCAUGGCACGGAGUUCACAAGAUCAGAGAACAUGGCCCGUUCCAGGUCAUUGCUGGGCCUCACAGAUGACAGUGAGGUCGACAUCCUAACGUUGUUAGAAGAUCUUGGAGAGGAAGUCAAUGAAACCUUGCAAAAAGCAUCUACUUUACAAAGCAAUUUAAAUGAAUUAUUUGGAAAUUUUGAUGGUUCUGGAGAACUUGGAUUUGCCAUGAUGGAUCUGAAUGAAACAGAGAAAGCCAUUUAUGUAAUAGAACAAAUUCACAAUGAAACAUACACUUGGGAUAUUCUUUUCAAACUACCUGAGCUUCUGGAAACUCUGAAGAAUAAGGAUUUCUUAACCAAGGGCACUACUGUGAUGAUUGACUCAUUGAUGGAUGUAAGAAGGUUAUUGGAAUCGCUGAAAGAUUUGUUCACUUCCAAAAGUGAGAAUUCAUAUUUGGUUUCAGACAUCGGCUUUAACCUGACCAUUAGUGCAUUGAACAUCGUCCAUGCUAUUGGCAUUCAAGAGAGAGACCAAAAUCUGACGUUGGGUGAUCUUCUGAGGGAUCGUAAAAUGACUGAGUCAGAUUUUAAAAACCUAUUUAAGAUGGAUCCUGUGGUGAUCAACCAGUUGCUGAAUACAUCAAUUCCUUUAUGCAAGUUUUAUAUUCUUCUGAAUGAGCAAAAACUCAAGAAAUUUAUGUGCUCAAAGUUGGAUCACUUGAUACCUUGUGCUAUGUUGAACAACGUGUCUACUUAUCUAUUCUACAAUAUUGACAUUUUUAAGUUAUCCAAAGAGGCUUUUAAUGUUUGGCGUAGGAGUGGAUUUCCUGAGUACUUGGUGACCAAGUUUGAUCAAAUGUCUGCAGCUAUAAUGAAACUUUCAACAGACAACCGGGAUUUCAAAACAGCUUCUCCAGCGCAACAGAUUAUUUAUCUGCUCAGUGACUUUUUUCACCACGUGGUGGAACCAUCAGGAGAAUCACAAAAGUACCUCGAAAGGUUCCAGGAAAAGCUUCAGUCUUUGCAACAGUGGCCUCAAAUCAAAUACAUGCUUAUGGUUGAUGCGUCAUUCCGAAACCUUACUAUUGCAAAAUGGAAUGCUGAUCGAGCUAUGUACGAAUCUCUGAAGAAAGUGUUUACCACUGUGCAAGUGAAUACUGUGAACCAGAUGAUAUUGGAUGCUGAUAUCCUGAUGACAGAACUAAAAAUGAUCUUGACCCAAAAUAAGACUGUUACGUGCAAUGAUAUAAUGAAGCUGAGUGAUAUUCUCAAUUUACCAGAGGGCGUAAUUUCAAAUGAAGCCUUAACAAGUAUAAUAUGCGGUCAUCAACAAUCCAGUGAACCCUGGAAUGUGUUAGAACAUUUUCCAAGUAUGAAGAGCUGGAUUGAAGCUCUUGAACAGUACAAAUCAGUGCUUGCUGGGGAGCAGGAAUUUGAAGUCACAUUUCAAGAUUCAUAUAGAGGAUGGAUAGAAGUAUUCAAAACAUAUGAAAACAACCAACUGUUCUACAAUCAGUUCUUUAGGAAUUUCACAGAAGAAAUUCAUGCUACAUCUGAACACUGGAAAGGUUUUGAAUUUAGCACUUUUCAGGAACACCUCAUAUGGAAUCUGAUCUUUGAUGUAUUUGAUGCGCAAGGAUCUGCAUUGGAAAAUAGUGAUUUCUGGCCAAGCAUUGAAAAUCAUAUUCGAGGAAUUUGCUGGCUGAUUGUAAACUCAAACCAACCACCUGAUGGAAAUAGCAGUUAUUCAGAAUCGAAUUGUAUCACAGGGAAGAUCAAUUGGAGAGAUCUACUUAAUAAGACUCUGAUAUUCAAACAGAAUGCUGGCAGUAAUUCUGGUACAUUUUGGAAACGGUUUCAGAGUUCACUACUGAAGCUUUUGAACUUGAAUAACAUCAUUAAGCUAAGUGCCAGUGAUAUACAGAUUAUAAGCCAGAGUUUUGGAAAUUUUAGUGAUGCAAAUUUGUUUGGGACUUCCCAAGGAAUACAGGUUGUAGCAAAGGUCAUUUUAGAAAAUGUACCUUUAUGGAUGAAAAAGUAUGUCAACGCAACAAAUGAAACACCAUUGAUAUUUCCUGCAUUACUUCAAAUUACUCAAAUAAGUAGUGUCAAUUCAUUUUUUUCCACACUAAAGUUUUUCACGAAUGAGUGGUCAAAAGGACAGUCACCACAGUUUAGGGAAGCACUGAACAUUUUGUUUAGUGUGUUAGAAAAAGAAUUACCAAAUCUACUGAUCACUGACCUCUUUAAAAGUACAACUGACAAGUUUAAUGCCACAUGGUUCAGAUUGCAAAGGCUUCUUAAUCAUCGAAUUUCUAAAAAUCUAACACACAGUCUAAAUUCUUUCUGGAAUUUGACAUCUACAAUAUGGAUAAGCUCAACCAAAGGCAACAUAGAUUAUCUUGAUAUGACUAAAAUAUUUCUGCAUUAUUUGAAUAAUCUUGGUUUACUGUCUCAAGAACAACUUUCAUCAGUGCUGGAUGCCAUCAAUGGCUUAAAAAAUGCUUCAUUAAUUGAUCCUUUUGCUCAAUCUUUAUCUCAGCUGCCAUUGUUCAAGCUGUUGCAAAUGAUUAAUACAGAAAAUAAAACAAAGCUUUUGGAGACAGCUUUUAAUAUACUUCAUGCAAUCUCACAAUUAUCAAAUGUGACUGAGGUCUCAUCAUUGGUAACUGCUGUCAAUAAUAUUUCUGAAGACAUUUCCAGUUUUUUUGAACGAUAUAGCUCCAAUGACAUUAGUGAGGCCUUUAGUGCAAUUUCAAAACUUGUGUCUGUCUUCCACAACAUGUCAAAGGAUGACUUAGCUGAAAAUUUAUUGAAUCUCUAUCUCUACGUACAAUCACAAAUACAAGCAGGGGGAAAUGUUACAGGAUCAGAACUGCAACAGAUAAAUGAGACAAUUGUAAGACUCGCAGAAACUUUCAAUGAUAAUACAAACAAUGUUAGCUGUUUGUUGUUACAAGCAUUGCAGUCUUCAUCCAUCCCUAUUUCUGAUAUUUGGUUGAGUAAGUAUUGUUCCACACAUAAUACUGGAAGAAAAAUCCGUUCAGUAGAGGCUGUUUCUAAUUCACAAUCCAGUCAGAAUCCAUACAGAACCUUGGUGGAACAAAUUAUAAACAACCUAAUGGAUAGAAAUCAAGAAAUAACAUCCUCACUGUCAUGCAUAGCAGAUUUGUUUCUGUCAUGGACUGAAAUUAUAAACGAGAUAGCAGUACAGCUGGAUUUGGAUAUUCAAGUAGUAAACUUCUUUUAUGAUGGCUUGAAAGAAGUGUCGCAAGAACUGAAUAAAACGUCAGUAUGUACCAGACAUUUGAUCAUGGAUAACAGGACAGCUGCAUUGAAAGUCUUCCUGCAGAACAUUACUGCAAGAAAUGGCUUUAAUCUUCAGAAUUUGUACCAAUUAAGCACUGAUCGCAUUAUCAUCUUACAUCAUAUAGUGAAUACAUUUCUUAUUCCAAUCGACAACAAAACGCUUCAACAGCUUGCCACAAUUGUGGACAAUGUCCUUAGUUUAUUUCAGGAUUCUAAUCUUGAUAAUUUGAAUGAUUUCUCCAAAAUCAUAGAUGCCCUUCGCCCUAUGUGGUCAUUGUAUGACCCUCAACAUGACAAAAUGUAUUCAAUCCUACAAACACUUGCAUAUUUAAAACCCAAUGCUGAUCUAGAAAGUAUUAAAGUGGUCGUCAAGGAAAUUCUUUUAUUCUACAAUAACAGUUUCAACAUGGACUAUCUCAACCACUCUGUGCAAUAUAUGAAAGAAUUCUUGAAUUUAGUGGCAACAGCUGAGACAAAUGGAGGCCAGUUUCCACACAAAGCCUUAGUGGUGUUAAUUAAACAACUAAUCCAUUCAGAAAAUCCAAAUACAGGGGAAAAGGAAUGGGGAAAAUUGCUGCAGUGGCUACUUGUACUGACACAUACCAAUCUUUCCGAUCCAUCGCUCUCAUUUCUGACGCAUGUAACCAAAAUUCCGAUCUUUGGAUUGAACAUAUCUGAAAUAGACAAAGUUAUGAGAAAAACUGAGGAAACAAUUUUCAAGAUUCGAAAUCUGACAGAACAGUUCCAUGGCACAAAUGCAUCUGUUGCUUAUUACUAUGAAGUUAUUGAAUUGUUGGAAAUGAUUUGUCCUGAUUCCAGUUCUUACAAAAGCACAAGCAUUCAAACUCUGAAGAUGUCCAUUGACUUAGCUUACAAUAUUGUUAAUGAUGAAAACAUGUCAUAUAACCUAACAGAACAGUUAAUGAAACACUUGGAAAACAUGGCCAAUGACAAUGCAACAGCAGAAGAGCUGUUUGGCCAUUUCAGUAAUCUGGUCAGUGGAAAUGUUAACUUAAGCCAGUGGUAUUCUGUAGAUUCUGCCAAACUCCUAUCUCGGCAAAUACAAGCACUAACUGCUGUUCUAACUUCAGAUCAGAACAUUCAGAAAUUUUCAGUACUGCUUCACAAAUUACUUCUUCAGAUGAAUCAAAGUGCUUUUAUAAAUUUGAGGCCAGAGAAAAUUUCGAAUGUGUUAUUUGGCACUUUGGAUAUAAUUCAUCAUUUUAAUAUGAGAACUGCAUACAAUUUGUCUGUGACCGAGGCCAUGAGUGCUUUACUCAGUAAAACUGCAGUUUUUGGUUGCCUAAGUUUAAAUAAAUGUUCAGAACAGGACUUGAACAUUCAGAACAUCAGAUUGAGUCGACUGUUUUCUCAAAUAGCACAUUUUGCAGAGAAAUUAGAUGAAAUGGAUAAAUCAAAAUGUAAACCUCAUCUAAUAAUUGAAUCCAGUGAAUCAUUUUAUCUGCUAAUUGAAUAUAUCAACAACAAAACAUUCAACAACAACUCAAUUGUAGAAGAACAUGUAAAUACAUUUAUAAAUGGUUUGGAGGGAUUUCCGCUGUCAGAGAUUGAAUGUGCUGUAGAUGUUAUGAACAUUUCUAGUGGUUUUCUGAAGACAUUACAGCAGAUUGAGAACAAGGGUGGAACCAGUGGCAUUGAACAAUUUUUACCGUUUGCACAAUCGGCCUCUCGUCUUCUUCAUGUUAUUUCAGAAACAAUAAAAGUUCGCAAUGACACAACAGCAGCUGCACAGGCCCUCAUUUUACUGAAGAACGAAAGUUCAAAUUUAGCAACAAUCUUGAAGAGUCCCAAUUAUACUUCUGUCGUGAAAGUGCUCAACAUGAUUGAUAAUGUAACUGAGCAUUACAAACUGGAGACACAUCCAGGUGGAUACUUUCAACGGUUGCUGAUGUACUUCGAUUCAUUUUCUAAGGUGCUUGAGCUGAUUGAGAUACCUCAGGAAACAACAGAAGAGCUCAAAGGUGUUGGUGAAGUAUUAAGAUUCUUCCUUCCAUUUCUAAACAAAAGCCACACCCAAGAUUUCGAAACUGACUCUGUACUCAACGUUACAUUCUUUGUUUUGCAACAUUUAAACUCAAUAACUGCAAUUCAUAAUGAACUGCAAUUGCUGAAAAGAGAUCUUCAGAUCUUGCUUAAUGCCACAGUGCAGCAUGGCUCAAGUAACAAACAAGCUGUGUACAGCCUUAAUGAACUCAUAACUUUUGUUGAAAAUGUCACAUUAACUUAUAACUCAAGACAUAGUAAUGCCACCUUGGAGUUUCCACUUCAGCUUGAUGCAAUAAUUCAAACUGCACAACUUGUAAGAGAAUAUGUGAUAUUUUUGAAUAAGGUAUCAUUACCAUCUAUGCCUGCCAGUGAAGGUGCUGAAAUGUUCAUUCAAUUACUGCGUAACAGCCUAAUGAGAAUCAAAUACAUUGAACCAACUAAGUUGUUUGCUGUCCCUUGGACUUCUCUUUUCAAUGAUAAACUUAUACACAGGAUGUUUUCAGUACUACUUGGUAAUUUUGUUCAGCAUUUCACAAAUUUUCAUCAAGAUCAGAUCAGCUUGACAGAAAAUGUAACCUAUGUAAUUUACAAUCUCACAACCACCUUGACAACAACCAGAGAUGUAGAUUCCAUAAAUGCCCAUUUGGAGCAAAUGAACAGUGACCUUGCAAGGUUCUUUAAAGAACUGAAUAGUACUGGGGAUUCACAUGUCAUGUUAAAUAUUUUGACAAAAGUGACGAGCAUUUUAAAACAUGUGCCAAAAUUUCAAAAUAUGACUGAGAUUCUGCAAAUCAUCAGGGUAAUUUUAUCAGAGGCUGGAAAUGAACAUUUUCCACAAACUCUAAUUCGAGAUGGUAUUACCUUAGUAAAGAGUCUUUCUACCAUGAAUGUGAGUCAAGCAUUGAAUGCACUUUACUUGUUUGGAUUAGCUCAUCAGACAACGGGAUUAGAGUUCAGUCAAGGAAGUCAGACUGGAAAUUACACUGAACUUAAUGAGAAGGUUAUCAGACUGAUACAGGUGAUUUCUAACAUUGCUAAUUCCUCACAGUUAUCACAGUGUUUGCCCGUAGCUAUUUGCAAGUUGCUAUCAGAAGAAGCAGCCGACGUUGAUGACGGUCUCUUUUUAAAAGCUUGUGACUUCAAGGCAAAUCAAAGUCUUAGUACUGCUUUUAAUCUGGCAGUUGAUAUUAAACAGCUCUUUGCAGAAGUUGUCCAAGGGACGACAAAAGUGGAAUGCUCAGGAAGUACUGUUUUCAAGAAAAUCAUUCAGCAAACGGGUUGUGUUCUUCAACACUACGAAGAGUUGAAUGCAUUUUUGCUCCAGAUUGCCCAGAUGUGUGGCUUCAAGUCUCCAGUGCUAAUAAAACUGCAAGAUAUUUGGAAUAACAUUUCAUAUGUCAAAGUUUCCAUCAAAGAGGACAACUUAAGUUGUCCCAUUGUCCCAAUAAGAGAAAAUUCUGAGAGGCUGAUUCACCUGAUUCAGAAUAUGACUUUAACAAGCACUAUUUCUGCUGAACAAGCCAUUAAUUUUCUCUCUGAUGUAAGUGACACAAUACUUUUGCUGAGUGGCAACAAUUCAGAAACUGCACACAGGUCUCUGAAACUUCUUGCUAAUUACUUAAGGAAUGCAACCAAAAACGCAUUGUCACUUUCAGAUUCAAAAAAACAUAUCUCCACACUUAUCCCUGCUCUGCGGUCAUUACUUUCAAUGACAGGUUAUCAAAAUGAAUCACUGUAUUCAGUGUUAGAUGAUUUAUUGGGUGUCCUCAAUCAUAAUGCCAUUAAUGUUUUGUCAACAGAUAUUGACAAAAUAUUAAAUGACAUAACAAAGAAUCCUAAAAUUGAAGAGCUACUGCCAGCUGUAAAGAAUGUGAUCAGUUUGAUGAGAAACAUAACAGCAAAUGGUUUCAUUGAGCUUAAUGCAUUGCAAAUUUACAAAAUAUCGAAUGAUUUGGAGACAGUUCUGGAAAUAAUGCCGUAUAUAUCCAACUUUACAGAUGAAAACAAUUACAAAAUACUGAAUGUCAUCAGUUAUUUGGUUAAAAACCAUAACCUCCCAGAAAUAGUUAACACAACACUCAACCAAAUGGUAAAAUCUGCCAGUCUCAUGAGCAAUAUUUCACAGCUGCUAAUGGAACAAAUGGACUCAGCAGCAUCUGUUCUGGAGGUUUAUCAAAAGUUGCUCCCCCACAUCACAGACAUAAUCUUUAAUGAACACUUCAACCAAAGCUCAAAGGCAUUUCAACUUAUAAAUGAUUUGAUUUUUGAAGUUUACUCACAUUGGGAUCAUACACCUGAAUUCAGACAAACAUUGGUAAACAAGAUUAUCCAGAUCUUGAAUGAGCUACUACCAGAAAACAAUCAGGCAACUAUAAAUUUUGUGCAUGUUAUCAAUAAUGUGUUCUUGGAGUUCCAAGGAUUUGACCCUAAUGGAAAUCUUAACUCAACUGAAAUCAUAAAUAUGACACUGAACUUGAUGGACAGGCUUGAAGAGUUGUUUGAUGCAAAGCCAGUAUCAAGUCCUGCUUGGAAGAUAGCAGCCGAUAUUCCUAAAUUUACGAAACUGCUUCUCGAGUUCAAAGAAACAGGCAAUUAUACAAGAAUGGGAGAAGUGUGUCAAUUUGAUUGGUUCAAUAAGUACGCCACGUCAUCAUAUGCCACAAGUCUCUUUCAGUUAAAGUUACUGAAUCUCUUUACAGAAAAAGUGUACUUUGUUAAUGAUAUCAUGUGUGUACAGAAGAACUGUCGUCAGAAUAUUUCAGGACACAUAAUUCAUGCUCUGACUGAACUGUUUAAUUUGACAACAGAUGUCCAACAGAUCUUCGAAGAAACAUUUUUGAAACCAGUCCAUGGAAACUGUGAGACCGUACUUAAUAAUAGCAUACAAUUACAAAUUGCAAAUAAGCAGGCAUCGCAAGUAGUUGAACAUGCAGUGAGGAACUAUCAAUGCAGUUGUGAAUUGACUUCAUUGAUGACAGAGCAACUAUAUGACAGGUUUGAAUUUUCUUCAUCAACACUUCAUCCAAACAGUACCUUUGUAACUGUACUUGAGAACAUUAGAGCAUUUAAAGGUUUACCAAUAGAGAGCUGUGUGCAAAACAUCACAAUUUUAAAAAUCCACUUGCAGCAAAUCAAUGACCUCUCACCUGAAGCAAUUGAUGUGUUAAUGACAGCAAACCUGACUGUCUCAAAGUUAAUUCGUGGCCUUAUUAUCACAGCAGACAGGUGUGAUGAGGAAAGCCUGGAUCUGAUGCUGUCAAUUUCAGACAAUGCAAGCAUUUCAUCUCUGACUACCGAACUGUGUGCUUUAACUCCUUUGCAAACUUAUAAGCUUAUUUUGACAAUCAGCCAGCACAUUGAUUUUAGAUGCUUCGCUUAUAAGGCAUUUCUACCAAUGAUAAUUCCUCCUCAUGUUAAUCAGAUAAUGGACAAUAUCCUGGAAGUGUUCUCCAGCCUCAGUUCUUUCACUGCUAAGUCAUUAAAAAUUUUGGAUUUGAUACCCAAUCUUUUGCAGUCUGUCCGUGACAUGAACCUUCCAUCUGUUUUUGAAUUCAAUGAGAAUGUUAGAGAAAGGUCUCUGAGGAUUUCUGCAAGUGGUUCUUUUCAGACUCUCUCCAAAGCAAUUUGUAGGACACAAUCAACCAGCUUAUUCGGUGAUGCAAUGAUGUUCUCAGAAUUACCACAAAUCAACACAGUCACCGAGGAAGAUUUAAUCAAAUACAAUGUUCCUACAAAUACCACUCCCUACUGCUUGAGCUUUUAUAAGGAUAUUUUAAAAGCACCAAAUGGACCCUUGAUGUGGACUUUCCUGAAACCAUUGCUACUUGGUGAAAUUCUGUAUGCUCCAGGGACGAUUCCAAUACAGAAACUAAUGGACAAGUCCAACAGCAUAUUCAGCAUAGUUAAUGAUCUGAAGACCUAUGCUGAACUUUGGCUGAAAUCCUCAAGCCUUUUGGAGAAACAAGGAAACUUUCAGUCAAGUCAGCUUCAGGGGGCUUUGCAGAACAAUUUUAUACGCAGUUUCAUUCAGUCUCAACUGGAUAUUGAUCUUGAUAAACUUUUGGAAAGUUUACAACAAUAUGAAGAAGCAGUCACCAAAGCAAUGGAAGAUCCAGUUAUACAACAGAUCACUGUCCUCUCACAGUUGAUGGUGAAUGUUUCAUCCUGCGUGUUACUAGACCGCUUUACACAGCUAGAAUCGAAGGAAGAGCUGGAGAAGAAAGUACAAGAACUAAUGGAAAAAAACACAUUCCUAGCAAGUAUAUUGUUCGAUGUUGAUGAUAGCAACACCUCAAGGAAUAUACGAUCAUUGUCUCCCUCACUUCCAACUAAGUUGAGCUACACUAUUAGGACAGACAUUCUGCAUAGUAUGCCGACUGAUCAACUGGAAGAUCCCAAAUGGAAAUCUCAGCCUCAAAGUUUGCCAACACGCAGUUUCUAUUAUAAUCGUGUCUUCCUUCCAUUGCAAGAUAUGAUUGAGCGAGCGAUCAUUCAGUCUCAAAUUGGUCAAGAUAUCCCCAACCCUGCAAUACAGAUCCAAGCAAUGCCAUUUCCCUGCCACAUCAGUGAUCCGUUUCUCAACAACACAGCCUUCUUUUUCCCAUUAUUAAUGAUGCUCGCGUGGCUGAUUUCUGUGGCUUCCAUGGUGCGUAACCUUGUGUUUGAGAAAGAACUUCGACUGGAAGAGUACACCAAGAUGCUGGGAGUGAAGCCAAUAGUUCAUUUUCUGGUCUGGUUUCUGGACACUUUCUUUGUCCUGAUUCUGAGCAGUGCUUUCAUAACCAUUAUUUUGAAAGCCAGUGAAAUACUGCCAAACAGCAAUGGAUUCAUCAUUUUCCUCUUUCUUUUGGAUUUUGGAGUAUCUGUCAUUGCACUGAGUUACCUGAUUGCCACGUUCUUUAGCCAUGCUAAUACAGCAGCUCUCAGUGCUUGCCUGAUCUAUAUCAUUACCUUCUUCCCCUAUAUGGUCCUUGUGGCUGUACAGAAUCAGCUCAGCUUCUCCAGCCAGAUUCUGAUUUGUCUCCUGUGUCCAACUGCAUUCAGCCAGGGAUCAUAUCUUAUCACACUUUUUGAAGGUGAUGGAAUAGGAAUUCAGUGGAAUAACAUGUAUGAUAUGCCUGGUGAUGGGGACAAUGUGUCUUUUGCCUGGAUUUGCUGGAUGAUGGUCAUUGAUUCGGUGAUAUACUUUAUAUUAGGCUGGUAUCUCCACAAUAUUUUCCCUGGUAAAUAUGGAUCUCGGAAGCGUUGGUAUUUCCCAUUUACCAGUUUGUAUUGGAAAACCUUGUGUGAUUGUGCCAAGCGCUUUGACAGAAAGGUCGGAGAAGGCUACUGGGCCCAAAACCUUGAUUGCUACAAUCAGCAAAUUAAUGUUAAAGGAGACCCAUUCAAUUCUAUGGAUUUAACUGGGAAAGAAAUUACACCUCCCAAUUUGAACAUUGGAGUUGCUUUAAGAUCACUCACCAAAGAGUUUAAGCACAAAGAAAAAGUAGCUGUAAAAGACUUAAACCUUGAUUUCUAUCAAGGAGAAAUUACUGCUUUAUUAGGACCCAAUGGAGCAGGCAAGACAACAACAAUGUCAAUGCUAACUGGCUUGCACCAGCCCAGCUCUGGGAGUAUUUAUGUUAAAGGGAGGAAUAUGAGUCAAGAAAUGUCAGUCAUUAGAGAAGAGCUGGGAGUGUGUCUACAACAUGAUGUGCUGUUUGAGAAAUUAACAGUGCGUGAACAUCUCCUGUUAUAUGGCAUAAUAAAAGCACCACAGUGGACCUACCAACAGCUGUUGCAAGAAGUGAAAAUGGCCCUUGAGAAUGUUGAGAUUGGUCAGCACCAACAUAAACUGGUUGGAGCUUUGUCUGGGGGAACAAAGAGAAAGCUGUCAUUGGCAAUUUCAUUCAUUGGAGGCUCGUCUACUAUCAUUUUGGAUGAACCCACCAGUGGUGUUGAUCCCUGUUCUCGGCGUAACAUCUGGGAUGUUAUUUUAAAAUGCAGAACAGGUCGAACAAUUAUUUUUACUACUCACCAUUUGGAUGAAGCAGACAUCUUGAGUGACCGUAUUGCCAUACUUGAAAAUGGCCAGUUGAAAUGCUGUGGUUCUCCUGCCUACUUAAAGGAACAGUAUGGGCAGGGUUACAGUCUCAGUAUUUCAAAAAAGCCCACUGUGGUAGGAACUGAAGAGUCAUGUGAUGUUGGCCUUGUAACCUCCCUGGUGAAACAGCACAUUCCCCAGGCCUUUCUGAAGCAAGAUGCCUUUGGAGAGCUGACAUAUAACAUUCCAACAGUGGCAGAUAAGACUGCUUAUGAAAGGUUGUUUCAUGAUCUGGACAAAGAUAUGAAAACUUUACACCUGAGCAGCUACAGUAUCUCUGAUACUACACUGGAGGAGGUGUUUCUGAAGUUGCUUCAGAAUGAACAAAGCCCAGCUCCUCCUGAAGGCCAGGAUACAGUCUCUCUGAAUUCUGAGAGCAUCGAAUCAACUCACAGUGACAGUGCUGCCCUUGCUGGAACCCAACGAGUAACUGGAUGGCGACUCAUUUUGAAACAGAUGGUAGCUCUGAUGAUUAAACGCUUUCACCAUACAAGAAGGGACUGGAAAGGGGCCAUUGCAAACAUUCUGCUUCCUGUUCUCUUUGUCAUUCUAGCAAUGGCCCUGUUCAGUGUCAAGCCUUUAGUUGCUGAAUAUCCCUCACUCAAGCUAUCUCCAGAUAUAUAUCAAGAUUCAGACGUCACAUUCUUCAGUUCUGGUAACAAUGAUUUUAUAAACCUGACCUCCGUGUUGCUGAAGUUUCUGAAAAUAAAUGAAUCCUGCAUUGGCCAAGCCUCCAAUCUGGACAGUUCUUCAUGCGGGUGGAAUGGAAAUUCAGAACCACAGAGUUUUGUGGGGCACUGUAAUUGUGAUAAUGGCUAUCAGCAAUGUCCAGCAGAAAAUGCCACAACACCCUACUACAGAAAUAGUGAGGGACAACUGCUGUACAACCUCACAGGUUACAAUCUGCAAGACUAUUUAAUAUCAACAGAAAACAUGUUUGGACAAAAUAGAUUAGGAGGAUGGUCAAUUGGAGAAGAACUGCCGGAUAAUCUCAAGGAAAACAAUUUCACUCAGUUGGGACUUAAUUCCUUAAUGAAGGUGUGGUACAAUCAAAUGAGCUAUCACUCAGCACCAGCCUACCUGAACCAACUCAAUAACCUCAUUCUCUGGGCCAACCUACCACCAGACACUGACUGGACACAACACGGAAUUACACUGUACAGUCAUCCUUAUCGAGGAGCCCUUCCAGAUGAUGACAAAAUUAUGGAGAAUCUUCGACAGUGUGGAGUGGCAUUCUGUAUUCUGCUGGGGUUUUCUGUUCUAACAGCAAGUAUUGGUGGAUACGUUGUACAAGAUAGAGUUACUGGGCAGAAAAGAUUACAACACAUCUCUGGUCUGGGCUACAGAGUAUAUUGGAUUACAAACUUCCUGUAUGACAUGCUCCAUUAUAUGGUCCCAGUAGUUUUGUGCAUUUGCGUGUUUGCAGCUUUUCAGUUUUCAGCAUUCACUUACAAAGAUAACCUAGGAGCUACAGCCCUGCUGCUGAUUUUAUUUGGAUUUGCCACAAUGCCCUGGAUGUAUCUUCUGUCAAGGCUUUUCUCCAGCUCAGAUGUAGCUUUUAUCACAUAUGUGGCGAUUAACUUAGUGCUGGGUCUCUGCACUAUCCUUGCAGCCUAUCUUCCUCGUUUUCUGGCUCUAUUAUCCAGCCAAGGGCAACUAUUGAGAGUUUACAGUGUACUUCGCUGGGUCUUCAUCAUUUUUCCACAAUUUUGCCUGGCCUUUGGGCUGAUAGAACUAUCCUACAAUCAGUUGAAGUUUGAUCUCACCAAGGAUUUUGGAGUUGACUCGUACGUGAGUCCGUUUGAGAUGGACUUCCUGGGCUGGGUCUUUGUAGCAAUUACCCUGGAGGGAUGUUUAUUUUUGUUCCUUCGUCUCCUAUUCCAAGGAAAUUUGCUGUAUAAACUCUGCAACAAGGAUUCCUUGCAUGGUACAACCAGUGGCAAUGAGGAUGAAGAUGUUAAGAAGGAACGUGAACGGGUUCUGACUGGAGAAGCAAGCAGUGACAUUUUGCAGAUACACAACUUAAAGAAAUGUUACCAGACACUAAUCAAGAAAGUUAGUGCUGUGAAAGGAGUCACACUGGGGGUGCCUGCAGGAGAGUGUUUUGGACUCCUCGGUGUGAAUGGGGCUGGGAAAACUACCACAUUUAAAAUGCUGACAGGAGACAUAAGACCAUCUUCAGGCCAUGCAAUUAUCAGGACUGCUGUAGGGUCUGAACAAGACAUCAUAAACACAGAUAUUGAUGGGUCUCUGAUUGGAUACUGUCCCCAAUAUGAUGCACUGGAUGAUCUCUUGACUGGCUGGGAACACAUGUUCUACUAUUCUAGAAUUCGUGGAGUACCUGAGGAGACAAUCAAGAAACAUGUUCACAAUCUUGCUCAUCACCUGUACCUGACUUCUCAUGUUGAUAAAUUAGUGAAAACAUACAGUGGGGGCACAAAGAGAAAACUAUCAACAAUCCUGGCAUUGAUUGGCAGACCUCAAGUCCUUUUACUGGACGAACCAAGUUCAGGAAUGGAUCCUGAGUCCAAGCGCUAUCUCUGGAAGGCAAUCAUGAAUGAAGUGGAAGCUGGGUGUGCUGCUGUCCUGACAUCACACAGCAUGGAGGAAUGUGAAGCCUUGUGUACAAGACUUGCCAUUAUGGUAAAUGGUAAAUUAAAAUGUAUUGGCUCUCCCAAGGACAUAAAAACCAGGUUUGGGGAGGUUUAUUCAGUUAAAGUAGGCCUCAGCCGAAAAUUAGCUGGUGCAAUGCAGCUCACAGAUCUGUUGGAGGUGCACUUCCCUGGCACAGUCUUAAAGGAACAACAUCAAUAUUCCCUGGAGUAUGAGGUACCACAGAGACACGGAGAUUUAGCAAGGAUGUUUCAGUUUCUUGAGAACAACAAAGAGGAACUCAAUAUCAAACACUAUUCCAUUAGCCAAGCCACUCUAGAUCAGGUGUUUAUUAACUUUGCUCGUCAGCUAGAGGAAUCCCUGGAUCAAACAGCUGCAGAAAACAGUAGAACAAACCCAUCCGUAUAGCUCUUCAGUUAUCACGAGAGCAGAACGGUUUAUGGAAGCACAAAACAUAGUGGCCUAAUACAGACUCAGCUGUUUUAACAGAAAAGAAAAUGUGGUCUCAAUCUCAGGUUUUGAAGAGAGUUAUGUACCUCAGACAUGUAUUUUAUUAGUAACAUACUGGAAGGUUUUUAUUUUAACAUAACAUUACAAAUACGUUAAUGGGUUUUGAAAGUGCACCUUUUUUCCCAUUUUUUCAUUUAUUUCCUAUUACAAUGAAAUGAAACCAAAGUUAAAGCACCUUUGUUUUUAAAUGGAAAUACUGGAUUUAUUAAAGUUGUGUAUUUUUACUGUAAAUUCACCAAUUGUAUCCCUUAAAGUAUUAACAUUCUAAUUGAAUGCUGUAAUUGAUACACAAGAAAUCUGGUAUUCUAAAUUUGGGACAAUCACAGUGGAGAAAGGAAUGAUAUUCAGAGUAAUGAAAUAUCUGAGAAAUAGGUCUUGAAAGUACAAGAUUUGAUGAUUUAAUGUUUGUUAAAUUAUAGGUUUAAAAAUGACCUGAUUGCUAUUUUUCUCUAAGAUCCAUCACAACUGUAAUUAAGAAACUGAAGAAAGAAUCAAUUUUCACACUUUUUAAUUUAAGUGGAUCAGCAUAAAGACAAUUAAACAGAUAGUUUUUGUAAUUUUAUAAAUGUUAUUCACUGAUCUUUUCCUCUGAUCAACUUCAACUUCACGGAGCUUGUUUCUCAUUGUGUGUAAAAUGAAUUGGAAGUUGGUGUAGUCAGGAUUUAAAAAAGGCAAGCAUAAUGCAAACUGUCUUAUUUAAAAUAAUUCAUGUGAAAUAAUCAAUUUUUCUCACCUUCAUUAUUUAAUUGAUAAUUAUGAGGUAGUUGAAAGAUAAAACUAAAUCAUAAUGUGUUGUCAAAUUUAUGUUUUGUGUGAUAAAGUUGAACAUAUCCCAUUCUGAAGAUAUUGCAGAUUGAACAUACAAGGAAAAGCAUUACAAGUAGGAAAAGGCUAUUUGGUCCCUGAAGCCUGUUCCACCAUUUGAUAAGGCUAUAGCCAAUGCGAUUAUGGCCACAACUCCACUUCCCAACCUAUUCCCCAAACUAUUAUAUUCAAGAAUCUGUCUAACUCUAUCUUUAAAAUAUUCAAUGAUCCUGCCUUCAUCACUCUCUGGGCAAGGGAGUUCCACAAACUAACAACACGCUGAGAAGAAAACACUCUUUUCAUCUGCAUUUUAAGUGAAAGGCCACUUAUUAUUAAACUCUGUCCCAUAGUUCCAGUGGCUUGUUUUCAAAAGUACAGCAAUUCCUUAUCCAGUCCCUGGUUUGAAAUACAAUUAGUUUCCUAUUUUAGUCCACAAUCAAAAACAAAAGAAAUGAUCUUAGCACAUUCUUAAAUAAACAGACUACAAAUGCAGUUCUCUAAAUAUGAUCCCACUGAUAUCCUGUACAACUAUAACAGAACUGCCUUUAAUUUUAUGUUCCAUUCCUCUUGCACUAACCAACAUUUCAUUUGCCUUCCUAAUCAGCUGGUGUACUGCCUUCUACUCUUUUUGUGAAUCAGAUUCUAGGACACCAAGAUCCUUCUUUGAGUUUGGUAAUCUGUCUCCAUUUGAAUAAUAUGCUGUUUUUAUAUUGGUCUUGCCAAAGUGUAAAAGUUCAUAUUUUUCCAACAUUAUACUCCAUCUGCAAAAUGUUUGUCAACUCACUUUGCCUGACUAUGUCCCUUUGCGGACUCCUCAUGUCCUCUUCACAACUUAUUUUUCUACCUGACUUUGUAUCAUCAGCAAAUUCAGCAAUCAUGCAUUUCGUCCCUUGAUCCAAAUCAUUGAAAUAUUUGAAAGUUGUACUAUAUAGGACUCUUGAUAUAACACUGAUAUGACUGUGUUCAAUAUUUUGAUAUAUUAUUCUAGUUGCAUUAAUAUUAAACAAAGCUCAAUUUGUCACAAGCACUUUCACAUAAUGAGCUUGAGUACAUUAAGAAAUUACUUAACAUUAAAUGUUCUUGAAAAGCCUUGAUACAACAUAGAUAUUUUAUGGUAUAAUUGCAAUAUAGUAAUUUAAUAUAAAAUAUUAAACUGAUCAAAUUAUUCUUUUUUUGUAAAUGUACAUCUUUAAAUCAUAUAGUUGAAUAUAAAUUGUCUUCCAGUUCCACAUAUUCUUGCCUUUUGAAAAUUAUACAAUAACAGUUGAUCAUUUAGAAUCUAAUUUGAAAUCACCCACAUUUAGUACUAAAUAAGUAUUAAUUUAUCAGUGCCAAUCCACUCCAUUUUAAAUGUUAGAUGUUUUCAGUGUAAAAAAUGCAAGGUAGGCAAGUGGUUACAACAGCUGAGAUCUAACCUAUCUGAUAUGGAAGAGAAGAUUUAGAUGUGAGUGGAGGGAAUUAAAUUCACAACGUUCCUUCUUAUAAAUUUUAAGGCAUGUACAGAUUGUUGAAGUGCUCCUGCAAAUUAAUGAUUCUUCAUCACAUCAAGAUAUUAAACAUGUACAAUGUUUUUGGAGUACCUACACAAAUACUUUUUAAGUAGCUUAUCAGAUUCUGUCAAAUAUAUUAAGUAUUUAUCUUAAAGUAGUCAGUCGCAAAAAGACAGAUUCAACUUUGUUUUUUUUCUGAGCUUCAAGAGCAAUUGUUUUGCUUUUGAAAAUAUUACGUAUGCCUGAAUAAUACUUGGCAAUUAUUCAUAGAUCACUUCUGCAGAACUGAGCAGGCCUGUACUGGGUCUUAAAUAAAAUCUAUACCAGCUGUCAACUACUGUGGAAUGUUUGGGUAACUGAGGAACUUCUUUAUGGGUUACAAAGUGGCUAGAAGACCCAUAUAAUACUCCAGACUAAAAUUUCCAUCAUUGUGCUCUCUCUGAGCCCACAGAUAUCUGCUCCAAUGUUCAAUCAUUAAACUCAAGGAUUACAAUAAAUUCAAAAAUUAUUCAGAUCAUUCCAGAAAUUGAACAUAUUAGUGUUAUAUUAAGAGUCCUAUAUAGUGCAACUUCCAAAUAUUUCAAUGAUUUGGAUACUUUACAGUCGUGACUACAUUUCUGAAAGACGACAUUAUUUGCUAAGUACUUUUGAGUUUCCUCAGAAUAUGUGACUUACCAUAUAAAUGUAUCUUUUUUACUUUCUUCUUAGAAAUGUUGAUCUCAAUUCAUGUGUAAGACCUUUUGGUUACUUUUUCCACUUUGCUUAUGUGUUUUCAAUUAAUCUUUGAAUUCUAAUCAUUCUACAUAAAUAAAUUGCUUCUCUAUUUUUGCAAUUUA